ACCAAGUACAUCUACAGCUCACAUACAACUCCUCUCAAACCAAGACUAAAGAAAGAAUGCAUUCCAUUUCCGCUCGCCGCGCUGCCCUGCGCACCCCCGCCGCGGGCCACCGCGCUGUGCGCUUCCCUGUGUGCCGCUCGGUGGAGACUGAGACCGCGGCGGCUGCCAAGGCGGCCGAGGAUGCCAAGAUGAAGAACACCAUGGCCGCGCUGGACGCGCUGCUGCCCACGCCGCCCAAGCCCGCGCCCACCACCUCCUCCUCGCCUUCCACCACCUCCGCCCCCAAGCCCGCCGCCCCCGCCAUGCCCAAGCUGCCCUCGCUGCCCGCCGCCCCCGCCUCCUCCCCCUCUGCCGCCCCCGCCCGCAAACCCGCCGGCCUCACGUUUGACCAGGUCAUGGGCUUCUCGGGCCUGGCGCCGGAGCUCAUCAACGGCCGCGCCGCCAUGAUCGGCAUUGUGGUGGCCCUGGCCAACGAGGCCAAGACCGGCGAGUCCAUCUUCGCGCAGUCGGUGUCGGGCGGCGCGGCGCAGGCGCUGGCGGUCAUUGCGGUGGUCACGCUGGCGUCCUUCGCGCCCGCCUUCCGGGCCCCCCUGGACGCGGUGUUCAACAAGGUGGCGCCCAAGCAGCUCAAGGAGUUUGGGCCCUUCACCGCCGGAGCCGAGAUGCUGAACGGCCGCCUGGCCAUGGCCGGCCUCGGCCUGAUGCUGUUCUUUGAGGGCGCCUCGCCCUACGCCUUCUUCAUGAACUAGAGCGUGGAGCUUGCAUGUGGGUAUUGGAGUGAGACGUCAGACGAGAGACGAGAGAGGAGAGAGCGAAGUACGAGAGGAAAAUUGUUUUUUCUGUUGGAGAGAAGUGAGCAUUGACCCAGAGAGUUAAAGCAGAGUGCAGAGAGCGGCGUUGAGUGCAUCUUAAGUGCGACCGUCUUGUCGAUUCGUGGGCUGUGAUGGCGGCGGGUGGAUGACCCCCGCCCCCACGGCCUCGCAGGAGCGCCGGCCAGUGCAUGGUGUGUGAUUCGGGACCCAUUUUUGUUUCGAAACAUAGCAUACUGGCGCAAACCGCGGCUGCUACGUGUGCUUAGUAGGCGCCCGCGUCAAGGUGGCUGGGUUGAUAACGACCCGGGAUCAGCCCUUUUCCUGCCAUAAGGCAGCCACCUGCUUGUUGUUUCGAGCGAACUGAGGUGGUGGCGUCAGACAUGGUUGUGGUGCUGGUGAGCGCGUCCUAUGUGUGGGUGUGUGAGCGGCGUAGGUAGAUGCGGGCAGGGCAGAGCGCCCGGCCCGGGGGAGUGAGUUCAGCUAGCUGGGGGGAGUGCCAGAUUGGCGAGAGAGCGUGGCCGAAAUGCGUGCGUGCCACGAAUGUGAGAGUGGAAGUCGUAACAGGCCCCGACUUGUGAGGGCUCUGUAACGGCGGCAAGAUAUGGUCCCACAGUCGAGCAGUCGUGCCCAAGACGGAGACGUGCGCUUAGAUUCCCAAGAGAGGCAACAGCAGGACACGCGUGCCCCUCGACUUGCCCACGUGCGCGUCACGAGGCCUUGGCCCUGGGCAGGAAUGCAGAAGGCCUGACGUUGUCCCUACCGUUGAGU